AUGUUCUCCAAGUUCACCGCUUCACUCGUCGCCGUCGCGAUCGCUCUCGUGCACGUCAAUGCUGAGACCCACACGGUGACCUUCACCAACGAUUGUGGUGGUAGUGGUUAUCCGAUCUUGAGAGCUCAAGACGGUACCAUCUUGUCUACUGGCGGGGCGUACACUAUCGACGGACCGCUCAUUGGCGCCAUCGCAUAUCUUCAAACCGGUGGCUGCGGUGAUAACGGAGAGUAUUGCACGCUGAUCGAGACAACGCUCGAGAACGGAGCUAGCAGCACUGACAUUUCUCUCAUCCCUCCUCAUGAGUUCUCAGUCACCAGCGGCUUCGGUUACUACGACGGCUGUGACGGUGCUGGUGCAGAUUGCACUUACGCGGACUGCCCAACUGCUUUCCAUUCAUCCGGCCAAACCGGGGUGCAAGUGGCUUGCACAGCUGACAACGAGAACCUCGCCAUCACGUUCUGCGACUAA